AUGUGCGACUCGCCUAUCGAAGAAGAGACGCGCGCUGAGCAAAUGGCCUACUUACGCGAGCUCAUGGCGCUAGAAAGGCGUAACAGAGCCAAGCGAGAGGCUCGGUCACCUUCUGUCUCAUCUUCAUCAGAAGAAGACGAGUCUAUCGCUAAGCGCAAAUCGAAGACCAAGACCAAUGGCAUCAAACACGUAAUUGUCAACGGUAGAAGCCGAAAGCAGGCUGAGAAUGGCGUCACCGAUGAUAAAGAUGUUGAAGAGAAGGAUGAAGAGCCCUGUGACCCGGGAAUGAAAAACGGUCUGAAGCAUCUCUACUCUGGGAAGGAAGACAAGAAAGGUCGCUUUCAGUGGCAAGAGGAGAUCCCCGAGGAUAUCGGUGACCCCGUUGAAAACGAUGAGACUGCGAAGUGGGCAUUGCUUGUGCGAAACGUCAAAGUCUACAACGACCCUCGACGAGUCUUGUCUAUCCACUCUAUCGUAGUUCAGAGCCCUCUACUCAAGAAGUUACUCGCUGGAGUGCUCAAAAACUAUCCUGGUGUCACAGUCGGUCUCAAUCGCCUCGAGUUUCAAGGCAAAUUCGAGCCACUUAUUCAUCGAUGGGCUGAGCUGCAAGAUGCCAUCGCCAAGCUUGGUGAUGACACGGAAGACAAGCGUACAACUAAAGCACACGCUGAGUUACUGCAACAGAUUCUCACUAAGGAGUUUAAAAGCAUGAUCGAUACCUCUCAAGAUAUGAAGAGCAAGAAGGUUAUGACUUACGAGCACCUAUGGACGCUAUUCCAGCCCGGUGCGACAGUCUUUGCUCGCCAGGACGGUCAAGAAACCGCCAUGACACUGGUCGAGACGAAAUAUGGAGUAGACUGCAAGGGUGCGCCUUGCUUCUGGCUGACGUGCAAGUACGUGGACUGGGACGGCGCCAAAUUCGGUUCCAACAAGAUCAAUCUCUCCAUUGCCGCUUAUACCGGUACACGCGCCAUUACAACUCUGCGUGUAUACCCCAUUGAGUUCCAUCCCGAGGGUGAAGCCAUCCGCGCUCGUCUCAUUGAUCGUGGCGCCAAGGCUGAAGCUCUUGCUGGCCCAAACUAUAGGGCAUACCAGGGUGUUGCAUGGAGGCAGGGCGGGUUUGGCAACAAGGACAAAUACAACGUGAAGGGUCGCAUCGUGAUCGACACUUAUGGUUGGAACCGUUUCAACCCCACCCAAUCGGUCUUUGUUGCUCCACUGAAUCAGAAAGAGCUUGCCCCACCACCUCCUCCAGGCCAGUACAAUGAGGAUGAGGUGGACGAGGGCGAAUAUCAGUAUGAGGAAGAAGACGAUAGCGGUAUGCCAAUUGAUGGUGCAUUUGCGGACGAAGAAGAUGCGGCCAAACACCCGCCGUUGACAACCGAACAAAAGCUCAUCUGCUCGCCUCUACUUCGUGGUUACAGCUUGAAGAACAAACUCUGGUUGAAUUUCUUCGUGAACUGCGUCAAGGAAAUUGAGUGGCAGACAGACGCGUUCGAUCGAUUGGUGCUCCCCAAGAACCAGAAAGAGUUGAUCCUAGGCUUCACUGAAUCCCAACGCAAGUUCCGCGACACUUUCGACGACGUAAUCGAAGGCAAAGGAAAAGGCAUGAUAAUCCUGCUCUGCGGUCCACCAGGCGUCGGCAAGACCCUUACUUCCGAAUCUGUUGCCGAAGAAAUGAAAGUGCCCCUUUACAUGAUGAGCGCGGGAGACCUCGGCUUCGACCCACGAAAGGUCGAAACCAAACUUCAAGACAUCCUCGAAAUGUGCAGCCGCUGGAACGCUGUUCUCCUCCUCGACGAAGCCGACGUCUUCCUCGAACAACGCUCCCUACACGAACUCGAGCGUAACAAGCUCGUCUCCAUUUUCCUGCGUGUUUUGGAAUACUACGAAGGCACCAUGUUCCUCACCACAAAUCGCGUCCAGACUUUCGAUCCGGCAUUCCAAUCACGUAUUCACAUCUCCCUCGACUACCCCGGUCUCACCAUCGACUCCCGUAAAACUGUUUGGAAGAACUUUUUGGAUUCAAGUUCGCAAGAACAUACCAUUUCCAAGGCUGAGCUUACGGAGUUGGCGAGGAUGGAUUUGAAUGGAAGGCAGAUUAAGAAUAUUCUUAAGAUUGCUAGGUUGCUGGCUAGUCGCAAGGAGGAAAGGUUGAGCAGGGAGCACAUUACUACUACCAUGGAUGUUACGCAGCAUUUGCAUAAUGAGACGCAGUUUAGUGAGCGGACGAAGGGUACUUUGUAUGGAUAA